UACGUGGAAGCUUUGUCCCAUAUUUUAUUAAUAUCCACUUUUGCUAAUCAGCAGCCCUCUCUGCUUUUCUAAUCAGAUUUUUCUUUCUUGUUUUCACCGCAACCCCCCCAACCCAAAAGAAAAAUCCCCAAAUUUAUACGGAUCAAUCAGGGUGGAAGGCGCACUCAAGAUCCUAGAACCUUUAUUAUUGCUUGAGACGAAAACUGGUGUUCAUCAUCUUUUCUCGAGGACAUUUUUAGGACAGAUCAUGUGGCAUGAAUGAAUGUGUUAGUUUUGGAUGAAGAAUCAUCAGCUAUUAGUUUCUUAAAGACCCUUUCAUGCCAUGAACAAUUGCUGGUUUGCAGGAGUCAACUGUUGAUGUUCAUUUUGCAAUCAGAAAAUGUUAUCCGAAGAAGUGUUGAAAGUCGUUUUUCCUUUAUUAGAUGGCGUAGACCUUGCGGUUUGCAUGGUGGUCUGUAAGCAAUGGAGACAUGUAGCUCGAGAUGAUUACUUUUGGAAAUGUGUAUGUGCGAAACGAUGGCCUUCCAUUUGCAAGCGACCAAACUCUCAUACCGUGACAUACUACAGAAUUUAUCGAACCUUCUAUAAACGGCAGCGUCCACAAACUCUUCUUCCUCCGAGACUUUCCUUUGAUGAUUUAGAGUUCUUCAUUGAUAUCUGGAACGAAGAUGAAUUGAUCUUCUCCGAAGUUGUCCCUGGCCCUGUCCUGCAGAACGGAAUCAAGUUCCUGCCGACCGGAAUCUGUAACACACUUAAGUUUCACCUUGAGAGUCCUGAGUACAAGAUGACCUUACCAGUUGACCCGAGGUUCAAUAUUCCUUGGGGCGAGACUGUGAGCAUUUCAGUGCUUGUGGAGCGGAAGGACUCCAAUAAGGUUGCCUGCAUAAUCAAUAAAUCCCUGUUUGAUUAUAUCGAUCGCAGUGCUUCAAGGGCUCUAGCUUUCGAGUACCUCAACUUCUCUCCCAACUACCCUUUCAUUUCAGGAAUCCGAGCAUGGAUCUCUUUGCUAUUUUUGGAAGAUGGAGACGACGGUAUCAUUGAUGUUUUCGGGAUCGAAAUGGAUUUUCGGAAUACUGCCAGUUCCAAAGAUGAGGUAUUGUGGCUUUUGGACAUGCUAGACUGGAAAUGAUGGCAGAAGGGUCGAAGCUGGGUUCGGGAUGGAACAUGAACCAGAUUCGGUGUUCACAAUGCUUGUGCUUUUUGACGGGAUGUUCUUUACUGGAAAUAGUUUAAUUGACAUAAUUUUAUGUCAUGUUCAUAAGUUCGUAUAUAGUUUGUCUGUUGUUUCAUUGUAAUCAAUAAAUAUGAACAGUUUGUAUUUAGUUUAACUUUUCGCAUAUUCAAUGGCUACCACACUGCUCAUUUGAAUCACAAUGUAAGCUUGUGUUGUGGAGACGACGAUGCCAUUGACAAGUAUUUAGGGUGGAGGUGAUCAAAUUUGAUAAUAGAAUAAAUUCAACAAUUGAUUUUAAAAA